CGGCGCAGCGCGAGGCCAGUCCGAGAACGCGACCCUAACGCACUAACAUCCGGUGUAUUCCGAGAGACGAAAGAGAGAGAGAGAGAGAGAGAGAGAGAGAGAGAGAGAGAGCGAGAGCGAGCGAGAGAGUCGGAAACGGAAACGACUGCUUGAUUGCCAAGUUGCCAGCAGUAAUCGACACGCUAACAUGAAGAUCGUUCUGUUGCUCUUCGUCGUCGCGGCCUUCGCCUCAGCUCAAAGAAUCACAACGAUCCAGCUGGAUGGCAUACAGUACUUCGUCUCGCGAAUGAAUCCCUACAGUCCCGAGCUGAACUACUUCCUGGCGUAUCAGUACUGCCGCUCGCUGGGUCUCCAGUUGGCGUCUUUCGAGACGAAAGAGAAGGCCGACACGAUGACCCAAUAUCUGAAGAACGCCGGCUACACCAAGUACGAUUUCUGGACAUCCGGCAAUAAGCUGGGCACGGACAUGUUUCUCUGGAUGAGCACCGGGCUCCCCUUCAACGUCACCUUCGACUACAUGCUGAAGCGACCUGGCAACAGACCCGCCGACGUGCCGCCCGGCACCGAGCCUCAGAGAGUGGCUCGCGAAAGCGGCGACAGCGGCAGCGCGGACGGAUGUGUCGCGAUGAUGGCACCUACGUUAGCUUGGGAGGCGCAGGACUGCACCCUCGUGAAGGACUUUAUCUGCGAGCAAACAAGAUGCUACUACUACAAUUACGGCAGCAUUCCAGUCUCCGCGACUCAGGGAAACCACAGGCCCUACAUCACGACCACCUCGGCGCCAGCCAGCGACGACCAGGCAGCGAGUGCUCGCGAGACCGACAGCACCGACAUCGACGACCAUCACCCGGGCACCGACGCUCUGGAUGAGCAGGCGACACCACCGCGAGCGGACGCGUCCGCGGACGAGAAACUUCCAGAGGACCCGGUCGUCAGCAGGCUGAUCACCACGGCCGCUCCCGCAUCUGGCAACCAGCAGCAUCAGCAACAGCACACAGGAACGACGACGAUGUCGGCGACGGCGCUGUUCGACGACGUUCGCGGGCACGAGCGCUCGGCCGUCGGCGAGCUGGACAACAGCCGGCCGGAGCACAUCCCGGACAUCGCGAGCCUCUUCACCAAGCACGCCGUCGUGUCGCAGACCAGCAAGGACAGCGUCUUCGACGGCUUGGAGACUCGCGAGAUCCUGCGACCUGCGUCGGCGUCCCGUCCCGUCGUUCCCGCAUCCUCGUCCUUCUCCGCGGCCUCCUCCUCGCCCUCCUUGUCGGAGAUGAGGAUGGAGCAUCGCGAGGCGGCCGAUUACGGCGAGCUCACCGCGGAGACCGAGCUGCCGAACAACGGCCUCGAAGACGCCCACACGAUCGGGCCGUACGACAGCGUGCAGGAUUACGUGAACGAUCAGCCGGCGGAGGACGCGCCGGCGGCGGACUCGGCGAUGAUGAAGGACCAGGACGACGACAGUAGCACGAUCCUGCCAGAGGCGGAACCGGCCUACAGGUACAACAUCAAAGUGCGCACCAACGGCAAAGUAUUAGACCCUCCGUCCAAGUAACGCUUUACUUCCUAGGCAACGUCGCGUUAUUUCGUUGUAAUAAGUGUACGACACGAGCGAGAUCGAUACCCUUGAGGAAAAACUUAGGUAUAUAUUAUAUAUAGAUUUAUAUGUAAUGUGUAUGUUUAUCACGAGUGCGUAUACCGCCCCCGUGUGACACGAGCGAGCUGUCGCGGUCGCGCGGGUCAGACAGGUCGCCGUUGUCAUCGCUCGCCGUUUAGCUCCGUAACUGAAAGCGUGCCCGACAUCACGCUCGACAUACUUUGGGAUCAGAGAGGCACGUUUCGACAUAAUAGCUUCCUCGGUCGGCGGCAGGCAAGGGGGAUCGUUUCGGACCUACCUUCGGUCAUAACAAAUCGGAAGGAGCGGAAGGAUAACAAAAAGCCAAGCAAAACAAGAGAAAAACGAGAUCGUCAGAGACGUCGGGAAGAAGUCGCGAGUUGUUGAAUUGGAAGAAGGUACUCUCCUGCCGACGUUACUCGACAAGCUGUACAUUUUCGCAAGGGCAUUUACUCGAUAGGUUGAAACACCCAAUUAUUGGCACAUCCCUCUUACACCCGCUUCUAUCAACGUCGAUAAAAUCUCAAUCUGAGUUGAGGUAUUUAUUUGAAGAGAAUCUAAACUCAGGUUAAAGUUUGAUCGGCAUCGGAACGAGCGUUAACCAUUUACACUCUAGAAAAGUUUGGCCCUUCUGGUGGCCAGCAUUGAGCUUCUUGCUCGCACUCUACAGGUCUGUUCUAUCUCGCUGCACUGGUACAUAGCUAUGAAAUUUAGAGAAAAAUAGGUAUAUAGUUGAGACUUGGUGGAGAAAAGAGGAGAAGAGAGCUGGCUCAAGUGCAGCGCGGAAGAACCGACUCUGUGAUCUCAAAUGAGAUCUCUCUUAUUAAAGCAGGUGCCAUUGAUCGUAAGAAGAGCCAGGGUUUCUUUAGGAUGCCAAUGACGAAAGGGAAUACCGAUAAUUGGGCGUUUUACCCUCCGUUCUCAUCCUCGAUCAUCAGUCACGCUGGCGGACCAUCAUUCUCUCGAAAAGAUCGUUCUCUCAUCGUCGCUUCGCAACCCCCACACUCUUCGCCUUGAUCCCGCUAGCUUCUCCGAUCGAUCGGCUAAUCGGCAAUCGUUCGCGCGUGACAUCGAGACGGAUCCGUCAACGAGCGAGACAAGAAGAAGAAACGAACGUGAAGAACGCGAGAGGGAGUCAUGUGUACGCGUAUAUCGGAGAGAUUCGAGGUUCAUCAUAUCGUAUCGCUGUAAGGCACACACGCGACGUCCACCAACGUCUUCGUAUCCUUCGUGCGUAAGGGAAUAAUCAUCAUAGUUAAUAUCGUAAAGUCCAUACGUCUGCAAGACGAAACGUUAGGCUGCCUGGACGACGUUCCAAGGCGCGCUGAGACGCGUUAGCUGUCGAAGGAGUUCGCGAGCUUCACCGGUUUCGCGAGCAACGUUCCGGUCAUCCAGACAUAUGACGAUCGUGUUUUUCUGUAGCCUCGUUUACGCAAAAUGUCGCUCUAGCUGCUACGAUAAGUCACCCUCAUCACCCCUUCAUACACACAUAUACACACAUUCUCACAAACACACACACACACACACGCACACACAUUAUUUCUACGUACAACGGCGUGAGUGUGCGACUUGUAUAACUGAACUUUAAUAAAGAUACGACCACAGUCUUAUGGUA